CAUGCUUUUGUUCAGUUUAUUUUGGAAAAAUCUUAUUAAAAGAUUUUAAUAAGAACCCGUUUAUUAAAAGAAAGCUUUAGUUGCUAGUUUUCCUGUCAGAUAACAUUAUGCUUAAAACUGCGGUUUGUAUUUUCUCAACACUACUGACGGGAACUACAAAUAAUAUCCUCGAAUCGGUUCUUUUGAACAGUUCGUUUCAAAUAAAUGACUCGCUAACAUGCGUCAUUACACAACUACGAAUUUUCGAUUAUUUAUUUAUUUAUUUAUUUUUACAAUUAAAGCAGUAAUUAUAACAAAAAGUUAAAAUUAUGACAAGGGAAUUGCAUUAAAAUUCGAAAAGAUGACGUGACAUAAUUGACUGAAUGCCUUAAUUUUAAUUUCAUAGUUUCGACUUUUAUCAUAUAAUUAUGACUUAACAUCUCAUAAUUUUGACUGAUUAUGUCAUAGAUAACUUUUGUGUCAUAAUUGAUUUAGCCGAAUUAAUUUCAUCACGAGCAGCAAAAAAACUUCUCAAUGCGCUUUUAAUAAAAGUAAUGGACUUUGUACUUAUCUUGAAAACAACGUGUGAAAAUGAGGAAGUAGAUCUGUGAAACAUAAAGUUUGGAAAAGCGCGAGACUAUUCAGAUCGGUUCUAAAAUAAAGGUAAAGAACCCAUCCAUAACAUCUGCCAGAAAUGUCUCCAACUUCAGUGCACCACCUCAAACAUCAGUGGUCAUUACUUCGACGGACAGCAGCGAUGCACGGAUGUGUGACUAUGAAUAGAACUGCUUUAUUGCACACAAGGCACUUCCAUCUCUCAAAAUCUACAGUUUGCACAAAUCCACCAAUGAUUCUAAACCCCAGAAGAAAAUACAAUGUCAAGGCUAACCAGAUGUCACUCCCACAAAUAAACCAUGCUUUAAAGGCUAAUGAGUAUAGUUUAAAAGCAAAUGGUUACGAUGGACGUUAUAAUGUGUUGAUAAAAGGGUUUGACAGUAAUAUCUUAGCAUCAAACUCCCCAAGCGAAGACCGAAGGAGUGCUGCAACAUGUCUACAGAGCCGUGGCAUGCUGUUCGGAGUGUUUGAUGGUCAUGCAGGGUCAGCUUGCGCACAAGCAGUUAGUGAACGUCUCUUCUACUACAUAGCCGUGUCUCUACUUCCACUGAAGACUUUAAUUGAUAUAGAGGAGGCUGUGGAGAACGAACGGCCUGUGCUUCCCGUGCUACAAUGGCACAAGCAUCCCAACGACUAUGUUAGCACAGAUGCUGGCAAACUAUACUUCAAUAGUCUGAGGACAUAUUGGCAGGAAAGGAUAGACCUUCACGAAGAUGAUGACAAUGAUAUACAAACAGCUUUACGAAGCGCUUUCAAGAGAUUGGACAAUGAUAUAUCAUUGGAGGCCCAGGUUGACCUUGGGGUUCCCUUUUCUCAUUUCAUACCUCUCAGAGUGGCUCUAUCUGGAUGCACAGCUUGUGUGGCUCACGUGGACCAAGAAGAUCUUCACGUAGCCAAUCUGGGUGACAGCAGAGCCGUUCUUGGAGUCCAAGGGGAUGAUAGGCGAUGGUCAGCUCUCACUAUUACCAAUGACCAUAAUGCCCACAACCCAGACGAGAUGCAACGAGUUCUCUCUGAGCAUCCUGCUUCAGAACAUAAGACACUGGUGAAACAUGACAGGUUAUUGGGCUUGUUAAUACCUUUCAGGGCUUUUGGAGACAUGAAGUUAAAGUGGAACAGUGAGCUCUUGAAUCGCAUCUAUGAGGCACGUCCAGAGCUACUGGUUGGAAACGAAAAUUCUAAAAUACUGUCUCCGAACUACCACACACCACCUUACCUCACAGCAGAGCCAGAAAUAAUCUCUCAUAAAUUGCGACCCCAGGACAAAUUCUUGGUUCUAGCUUCUGAUGGUCUCUGGGAACUGAUGCACAGGCAGACUGUUGUGCAAGUCUUAGGGGAACACCUGUCUGACAUCCAGUGGAAGAAGCCAGUUUCUGGACUAGGUUUUACAGUGGGACAGAUGCAUAGGCUGUUGCAGGAGAGGAGGAGCAGAGCACUCUCUGUUCUGGAAGACGAGAACAGUGCGACUCAUCUGAUACGUCAUGCUCUGGGGGACGAUGGUAGCGGCUCCAUUGAACAUAACCGUAUAGCCAAAAUGCUCAGUCUGCCCCAGGAUUUGGCAAGAAUGUACAGAGAUGAUAUAACAAUUGUAGUCAUCCACUUUAAUAGUUAAUCUACUUGAAGUUAAUAUGAAAUAUUUUGUUUAAAACAUUUUUGUGCAAAUUAUUAUUUUAAUGACACUUUUCAGUUUAAUCUAAUUUCUACUCAAGCAAAUGGUCCAGCUUUUCUCAUCUAUUGUAAGGAGUCUAGUUAAAUCUCCAUGUUUGCAUUUCAAAAAUACAUAGUGACACUUUGAAUUCACACAAUUAACAGUUCAAAUUAAACAAGAACCAAACAUUCAGUUAUCUUGGCUUUAUUUGAAAUGAACUUUCAUCAAGGACUUUACAAAAAUCAAAUCUUGAUUACAAAAAACAAGAUGUUUCUAAACCUUAUGGUCUCUAAAGGAACACAAAAGAUAUUUGUCAGCCAUUUAGUUCCCACAGCUCAUA